UGCAGGUGAGGUUGCCUUCCACGAAACGGUGCGCACUAUUGGUGUACCCAGCGCAAACCGCCGCAUACGAUGCUCUUUGUCCCAGAAGCCCAUUGCACACAGCGGAGGAAACCCUGUGCCGCGAGCAGCCAUCUUGGAUAGACAGAUCAUACUUGAGCCAGGAUAACCUGCAGACCUCCUCUGAGCAGCUCAAGAACAGACAGCUCAAAAGACGUAAUUCCUGAGCCACAAUGGCCACAGCACCAUACAACUACUCCUACAUUUUCAAAUACAUCAUUAUCGGGGACAUGGGGGUAGGGAAGUCAUGUUUGCUUCACCAGUUCACAGAAAAGAAAUUCAUGGCAGACUGCCCCCAUACGAUCGGUGUGGAGUUUGGUACAAGAAUCAUUGAGGUGAGUGGCCAGAAGAUCAAGCUGCAGAUCUGGGACACAGCAGGACAAGAGCGCUUUAGGGCCGUCACCCGCUCCUACUACCGCGGAGCUGCAGGAGCACUCAUGGUCUACGACAUCACCAGGAGAAGUACGUACAACCACCUCAGCAGCUGGUUGACGGAUGCUAGAAACCUCACCAACCCCAAUACUGUGAUCAUUCUCAUAGGAAACAAAGCAGACUUGGAGGCCCAGAGGGACGUCACGUAUGAGGAAGCAAAGCAGUUUGCUGAGGAGAACGGUCUGUUGUUUCUCGAAGCUAGUGCAAAAACAGGUGAAAACGUUGAGGACGCUUUUCUGGAAGCUGCUAAGAAAAUCUACCAGAACAUCCAAGAUGGGAGCCUUGACCUGAACGCCGCCGAGUCAGGGGUCCAGCACAAGCCCUCGGCCCCUCAGGGUGGCCGGCUAACCAGCGAACCACAGCCCCAGAGGGAAGGCUGCGGCUGCUAAUGACCAAGCAAACCCCCUUCACCCUCCCCUUCACCCUCUCUCCCUCUCCCUCUCUCCCUCUCUCUCUCCCUCUCCCUCCAACUGUCCUGCCCACCCUCCCCCAACCCUCUCCAUCCAUUUGUUCACCUCCGUACGUUCAACCACCCUCACUGCACCAGGAACUGCAUGAGAGCAGAGCUGCGGAGGGAAGAAAUGGGGGACUUGGAAUUGACUUGGGCCAGACUGAGCUGGGCUGUGUAGACUACAUCUCUCCCCUCCUCCUCUUCCUCCUCUCUGCCUGUCUGUCUCCCUCUGUUGCUGUCUCACUCCUACUCUUUAAAUUCUGUCAGUGUGUUGACGUCCCAUCUUUUGCUCCCCUCGCAUCAUUCAGGCUAGUCCCCCUCCAUAGUAGCGUAGACACCACCACGCAAUACACGGGUUACUGACACUUUAGAUAGAUGUAAUGUUCAUACGAUAAUGAUAAACCAAGAUUGUUUUUAUGUUUGGUUUUAUAGCUAUAUAUGAAAUGUAAACACUGCAUUAAGUUUCAUCCACCGCUGAUUAGUUCUGUAUGAAUCAGAUCUAAAUUAUAUUCCCAAUCUCUUAGCACCUCUCCUGCAUGGUUUACCAAUCCAGCAUUUUAUCGAGACGUGGGUGCAAUAUCUCACUCGCGGUUCAUAUUUGUGGGAUCGGGUCGCGAGGGCAAUGAAGUAGUGUAUCAUGCAGCCACACAGGUAGAAGCUCUGAAGUGUGUGUCAGAGAAUGUGUAGCCGAGUCAGCUUUUUCAGCAGGAUUCAACCCUGCUUGUGGCUUUUAAUUCAGCUGCUCGGCACAAAGCGAAUUCCUUUGCCAGAUUUGGCAACACUGAUGUUCUCAGGAGAGAGGGGGAAAAAAUUUAGAGAACCGGGAAUCACCCACAAAUUCCUUGUGGGUGAUUCUUCAGUCUCUCCUGAGAUAUAAUUGGAAGGAAUAUUGGGUGUUUUCCAGUUUGUCUGUCCAUGAGUGUCUGUGUGUUAAGAAGGUGGAUGGGGGUUUCUUUAGAAACAAAAAAAAAGGCAUUUCUGUUUUUGAUGGGUUCAUUGACAUCGGUUUCUUUGCACCAGCUCUCCUUCUCCUCACCCGUCUGACCCCAAAAGUCUCCCCCAGGUCAUAUCAACAGAUUCUGUCUGUACCAGCAUUGUCUUUGUCAUUGUUUGUUGCCUUAUUAUAAUUAGUAUGUUACUACUCUUUAAUCUUUAUAGUUUUGCUGCACUUGCUCUUCACACUGCUGUUGGACUCACCCCGAUUUAAAAAAAGAAAAAAAAAUCAACUCUUUCUAGAAUAAUUAUUGCAUUUUACCGGAGAAUGGCAUAAACACACGACCGGUGGCUCACAUGGUAAAAAUAUCUCAAAUGGUCGAGUAUCAGCAGCAUGGUCUGAAGCCCACAUCUUGACCAUUCAGCUGUGACGCUGCACUGAAGAGCUGUUCUGUUCAUUUUGACGGUUGUUCCUCUUGUAUAAUACAAUACCAAGCAGCAUGUCCCCCCCAACCCCCACCAAAAAACACGAUGAAAUUGUCAAAAUCCAAUUUUUUUUUAAAUUUUUUUUAAGUACAAAUUUUCUGUAUCAUAGUGAUUCCCUGAUUGGACAGCUGUAUAUAUUGCUUCUUAACUAUUGGUGAUGACCUCGCUACUUGGGAUUUAGAAAUGUAUUUGCUGGCUCUGCCAAGAUCUGUACAGUUGAUGUGCUAGUGGGUUGCCUGUAAUUCAUGCUUGGGAAAUUCUGUAACAUAGUUUCUAUUAAUAAAUGUAUGUAAAGGACAGACACCUAAACAGCCCCCCCAACCACUCCGUCUGCACACUACUGAACCUGCCGAUUGGUUGAGGGGAGAGGAAGUGGAUUGAGAUAAUGUGCAAACUUGUAUUUAUGUCAGCAAAUAUUGAUUCCUCUCAUUUCUACAUGCAGUGGAGAAUGGGGCACUUUUAUGUUUAUAUUCUUUUUUUUGUUUUUCCACCCCAUCAUAGCUCCUCUACUUGGGAGGGGCCUGCAUCGCUGUCUUAACUUUUGGGGUGUGGGGAUUUGUUUGUUAUUGUGGGAAGUUGGUGGGCUGGGUCUUCCUUUUUCCUGUGUCCCACCUCUUUGCAGUCUGAGUGACCACUUCCUGCUUUUGUCUGUCCACAAGUACAAAAAAAAAAAAACGUACAUAUGUAUAAAUUUUUAAGGAGCUGUGCUAACAUUUAAAUGCAUUCUUGCGUGUAUAUGAUUUUAAAAUGUUGACAUUUUGAUUUUAAUGACAAAAUACUCUAGACAGAAAAAUAAAUUAUACAUAACCUGU